UUGGAACAAAAAAAAAAUAAUGCGGCCUGCCGACAAACUUUUGGUGAGUCUAUCAAUAUUAAUUAAAUCAAUCUGGCCACCCUGCUUAUACACGAAACUCACUGUGCUUACAAAAACAACGUGGUGAUCGUUUUCUGCACAUUAGGUUUUUUGAGGUCGGGCAUCGAAGUAAAUUGUAAACCACUUUGGCAACACGAAAUGUCGAGCGACAGUGGAAGUGACGCUGAUAUGGAGCCUGCUCCAACCAAACAACAAAAACGUAAGCGCUUGCAGGACUACCUGGAUGAGAAAGCCGCCCGCGAUGCCGCAGAACGAGCCGAGAUGGAACUGAAACGGCGUCGCAAGAGUGGGCUUAAGGAUGAUGACGAAGGAGAAGAAGUCAGCUAUCCAGUUAUCAACCCAAUAAAUUUGAUUAAGAAUAAGGAGAUAAGAUCGAAAAAAUUCAAACGUAUGCAAGGUUCAAAGAAAAAAAUAGAAAAAGCUGCUAGAAAAUCGAGAAAGCUCGAGGGAGGACCAAAAUCCAGUGGACAUACUAUCGAAAGUUUAAGAGAGAAGGAUCAAACUUCAUUGGCUAACAUUGUGGAGGAUGAUAAGGAAGAAAUCAGCAAUGAUCUGGAAAAUGACGAAUUCAAUGACUUCUACAAAAAGAGCUACGAGCCUAAAGUUCUAAUUACUUACAAUGCAACGCCACAUACGCGAACUCGACGACUCGGUGCUGAGCUAGAAAGAAUUAUUCCUAAUGCAAUGGUGAAUUCUAGGAACAAGGCAGCUCUGAAAAAUGUAUGUAAAAGUGCGAUUCGAGAUGAGUACACGGAUAUUGUAGUAAUUAACGAAAACAACAAACAGCCCGAGGGAAUGCUGGUGAUACAUCUUCCGGAAGGUCCAACUGCUCAUUUCAAAUUGAGCAACUAUAAGUCAUUGAAAGACCUCAAAAAACGGCGAUCAACAAUGACAAGCCACCGACCGGAGGUAAUUCUGACAAAUUUCACAACCCGGUUAGGUUUAACGAUCGGCCGUAUGCUAGGUGCUUUGUUCCACUACGAACCGGAGUUUGUGGGACGUCGGGUGGCAACGUUUCACAACCAACGUGAUUACAUAUUCUUCCGUCAUCAUCUGUACGAAUUUGACAAAAAUGGAAAGCGUGUUAAACUGCGAGAAAUGGGACCACGGUUCACGCUGAAAUUGCGCUCGCUACAACAAGGAUUGUUUGACAGCAAAUGCGGCGAUUACGAGUGGAUGAUUACAAACAAGCGUCACCAGAUGGAGGGUAGAAGGCGGUUCUUCCUUUAGAUACUGCUUGAUUGUUAAUUUAACGGAUAUGAGUCUACUAUGUAA